AUGUUACAGUUAAUAUUCAUAUUAUCUAUAUUUAACAAUAUAUUCCCAAUUGAUGCUUAUUAUGUUCCAGCAAAUGGAGAAGAUUGGACAAUUUUAAAACCAGAUUGUCAAAAAUUACAAGGAAGUUUUGAAUCUUUACCAUUUACUUUUGGAAUUGUUGUAAAUCCUUAUGUUAUUAACGAUGAAGGAGACUAUGAAGAACCAGUUGUUUCCAAAAUUGAAAGAACUAUAACUACAAGUUUUGUAACUUCAGUAGUUACUGCUGCUCCAAAACCAACUAAAACUAGAGAUAUUAUUGUACAAAUUCAUGAUGGUCAAGUUCAAAAAGUUGCUUCUGGUUAUGAUUGGAAAAAUGAAGAAAAACAUAAAGAUUGGGAUGAUGAUCACCAUUAUGAUUGGAAAGAUGAUGAUAAACAUUAUACCGAUUACGAUAAAAGUCAUGAUGAUGAUAACGAUAAACAUCAUCAAGAUAAAGAUUAUGAUGAUUAUGACAAGCAUCAUGAUGAUAAGCAUCACAAAGACAAGCAGUAUGACGAUGAUAAAGAUGAUUAUUAUAAACAUCGUAAGAGUGAUGUCGAUGAUGUUCUUAUGGAUCCAACUACUAAAAGAAGAAAGAGAAAUAACCAAGAAACAGGAGAACAGGUUGAAAAAUUGGCAGAUGAUGAAGCUGAAGGACAAGGUGUCGAAACUGUUGAAGAAGUUUACGAAGAUAUUGGAAAAGAUCAUGGAUACGAAAAAGAUCAAGGAUAUAACCAAGAUCUUGAUUUUGGAAAAGGACGUGAUUACGAUAGAGAACAUGACCACGAUAAAGACCACGAUCAUGACAAACAUCAUGAUUAUUAUGAUGAUGGUGAUGAUAAACACCACAAAAACAAAGAUGACCACGAAAACAAACACGGUCAUAAGGACUAUAAUGAAGAACAUAAACAUCGUUACAAAGAUGAUUGGAAACAUGAAGAACCAUCCCGUGAUUAUGAUUAUGAUGAUGAUCAAUUUGUAUCUCCAGUGUAUUAUGUUGCCUGUUAUACCAAUGCUACUUUAAGAAUGACUUUAAAUAAUGGAAUUUUAAGAGAUUCUGAUAAUAGAAUCGGAUGUAUUGUUUCAGGCCAUCAAUUCCAAUUUGAUGGUCCAACUCCUCAACAUGGUGCUAUUUUUGCCGCUGGUUGGUCAGUUACCAAAGAAGGUCAAUUAGCUUUAGGUGAUUCCACUAAAUUCUACCAAUGUGCUUCUGGUAAUUUUUAUAAUUUAUAUGAUGAACCAAUUGCUUUCCAAUGUCAUCCUGUUACUUUGGAUGUGGUUGAAUUGAUUGAAUGUUAA